GCAUAAUUUUUCCCCUUCUUCUUCUUCCCCGCGAGACGCACGGCACGCCUCCUCCUUCGCCGCCGCCUACGACGAGGCUUUCCUCCUCUCUCCCAUCGCCUUCCUCCUCUCCUCCCUUUCCUCCCAGGCGGCGGCGGCGCCCUCAGCAGCAGGAUCCACCCUCGCGCCACCCCAGGCCGGCCGAUCCGAUCCCCAACGCGAUCUUGUGGGGGGCGAGGCGCGGAAAGGUGGCCGCCGAAUCGUCGCGUGGUUGGUUGGUUCCUAGAUCUUAAAAGUGUCCUCCAUGUCAACACUUGUCACGUGCUCACUGCCAGGGGCUGUAACCACUCAUGCAUCAACCAGGAGAUUUGGAGGUUCACAAUUUCAGACAUCUCAAGCUAGCUGCAUCUCAUUUAAAAGGGAAGUGUCUGCUAAAGCAGUAUUAAGAAGCGUAAGAUGCAAUGCCACUCAGACCCAAAGUGCUCAGCGGAAAUCUUCAACUGCAACCGUCAAACGAUCUGACCCCAAAGGAAAAACUCAGGGGCCAAAAUUGGAUGAUGGGAGCGGUGGUUUUCCUCCAUUCCGUUUCGGCAAAGGUGGUGGUGGCGGCGGAGGUGGUGGAGGUGGCAGCAACUACUUCGGUGGAUUCCUUCUCUUCACUUGUGUGUUGCUCCUAGAUUACCUGAAGGAGUUUGAGAAAAACCUGAUUGCUCGAAGGCAACGCGCUGGAUAUGAUGCAAACAAUGAUAUGUUCCAACAAUAAUUGUUUAACUUGUUAGCACUACCCUAUCUGUUGAUCUGUAAAACUCUACAAGAAUUCCUGCCGUGCAUGUUUAUUUCGUUCACAUUACCCGUAGUAAAUCAUGGCUUGACCUCACCGAGAGGAAGCUCAGAUGCACUGGACACAGCUACUGGAAAUGUGAGUUCAGUGCUGUGGUACAUCCAAAUGGACCGUAUUAUUGCAGGUGUUGAAAUUGGAAUGCUUUUUGGAAUGUUGAAUCGCAAAUUGACCCUUUUGGA